UAUACUUCUAUUAACUGUUCUAUGUAGUUCCAGCUUUUAGUUUGUUCAAAGAUUUGUCUUUUCGUAGAAAAUAGUGCUCCCUUCGAUACAAUUUAUUUGUCCUACUUUUCUUUUCUUUUCAGUCCAUCUUGAAAAGAAUUCUCUCUUUCAUUGUAAGGCCAAGUCGUUAAUUCUAACUUCCAUCGCACAUAUUUAGGCACAAAAUUAAAGAACAUCUUGGUAGAUGUUUAGUUUAAGAUUACAAAUUCAAAAGUGUUUUUUACUUUUUUAUACUCCGUGCCAAUUCAAAACAAAUGAAUUGAAUUUUUCAAACUCUGUAUCAAGUCAAAAUCGAGUACUUCUUCCGUUUCAAAAUAGUUGGUCUUGUUGACUUGGCACUCUCCUUGAGAAAAUAUUUAUUAGGAGUUUAUUUUGCCAAAUUACCCAUAUUAAUUAUGCAUAAUAAAAUACUCUUGAUGGAGAGUAAUAAAUUGAAACAGUGAUUAGUAUAUGACUGACAUGUCCAAUUAUCAGUGUGUACUCAAAAUCACCUUGUAAAGAUUAGCCAAUAAUUGAAUUUAGUUAGCCUUUGUACUCUGGUAGGUAGGUAAGUCCUAGGAAUCAUUCAAGAUUCUCCUUAACUAAGGAAAAAAACUAAAGCACAUUUACCACGUGCUUAGUCAACAAUGAAACCCUCACAUACAUUUUGUCAGCCGCCCCAGUAAUCAUUUUCUGCAACAACUGGUCUGGCCCUUCUUGGAUCCCGCGCAUAGCGGAAGCUUUACUAUAUUGUUUUCUGCAGCAACUGGUUCGACCCUUCACUGGAUUCCCGCAUAGUUGAAGCUUUACUAUAUCGUUUUCUGCAACAAUUGAUCCGGUCCUUCCCCACACCCCGCGCAUAGCGGGAGCAUUAGUACAUCGGGUUGUACUUUUUUAAAAGUUGAAAGUUCUUGUUCUUUUAUAGUACUUGUCAAAUGCAAUGAAGCACUCAUUUUUAGACUGAUAAAUAAGGGAUAAGAUUGUCUUUUUGGUAAUCCAAUAUCAAAGGUGGAAACUUUAAGGAAUCUUUUUAGUGUCUGAAAAUGCUUGUUUUAAAUCAGUUCAAGAUUCAAUUUUUCAGACACCAUAGUUGUUAUAAUAAGUAUAUUACUCAUGGUAAAAGCUUGAAAGUUCCAAGCUUUAAGCAAGUAGUCUGUAAGCCCACUCUAGAUGGAUUUAAAGGUCGAAAUCUAUGUGUAAAGCACAAAGCUUUAGCUGUUUCUUUGAAUGUAGAUGAAGUUAGUGUUUCUGAAAGUUACAAUGUUGAAGAAAAGAUUGAUGUGGUUCAAGAAAAGAGCUUUCGGGGUGCUGUGGGGUUGAUUGUAGGUACUGCUGUAGGGCCAGGAAUGUUGGGAUUACCUGCAGCAACUGUAAAAUCCGGUCCACUUCCAUCAACUAUAUCGCUUUUAUUGACUUGGGUUUAUGUCAUUUCAUCGAUAAUUCUUGUAGCUGAGCUUAGUUUUGCAGCGAUGGAAGAAGAUGGGGUCGAUGAAGUUAGCUUCACUAGUCUUGCAACCAAGGCGUUGGGAAGUAAACUUGGUUCUUUUGUUGCUUUGCUUUAUGGUUCGUUAGCUUUUGCUUUGUUAGUAGCAUGUGUUUCAGGCAUUGGUUUGAUUAUCUCUCAGUGGUUUCCUAAGAUCAAUCCUGUUCUUGCUAAUGGGCUGUUUCCAUCACUAGUUGGGAUAGUUCUAUGUCUGUUACCGUUCAAGGCUAUCGAUGUAGCUAAUAGGUGUCUGUGCAUCACAAUGCUUUUCUCCAUCACAGCAUUAGUGGUGACUGGAAUAUCUGUUGGAAGAAUGAGUAUUCUUGAUUCUUUUGGAUUUGCUUCCUGGAGAUUUUCAUCGGUCUUGCCUGCUAUUCCGGUGGCUGUGCUUACGAUGGGGUUCCAUGUAAUCACACCUUUCAUCUGUAAACUUGCUGGUAACACUGUACAUGAUGCUAGAAAAGCAAUAGUCAUAGGUGGGACUAUUCCUUUAGUUAUGGUUGUAUCAUGGAAUUUGAUUGUUCUGGGACUUUCUGGUCACAAUGCUUCACCUGUCUCAAGCGAUCCAAUUUCACUCUUGCUGUCUGUUAACUCAUCUGUUCUACCAGCAGUUCAAGGUUUUGCAUUUUCAGCACUGGCCACUAGCUUGAUAGGAUAUGCUGUUAGCUUUCCGAAACAGGUUAUCGAUACCUUAGAUUUGAUCUUUACCAGUUCCAGUCCACCUACAAGAGUCACGGCUCGAGGUGAAGUAGGCAAAGUUGGUUCAGCAACAUUUAACUUGAGGCAAAAUCUUGGAAAUGCAGGGAAAAUAUGUUACAGUGGAAUCAAGAAUGAUAAUGCUUCAGAAGUUAGAUUGGAGUCUGGUUUCAAUUCUUUGCAAAGCAUUGUGAUGCCUUUGGUUCUAGCUUUGCCAGUUUUCAUUGGUUCAUUCUUUCCUUCUACAUUUUCAAGAGCUCUUGACUUUGCUGGGAUUUACGCGAACUGCUUUCUGUUCGGCAUCCUUCCUCCGGUGAUGACAUACAUUUAUCAGUCCAGGAAAAAGCUCAGAUUUGGCAUCUUACCAGGAGGAGAUGGUGUGCUCCUACUACUUUUAGCCAUUGCUGUCAUUCUUUUCAUUUGGCAUUAGACUUGUAUUUCUCUGCUAGACCUGCAAACCAUUGAUAUGCAUGUAAUUUUCCUGAUUCUUGAAGGUUCAGUUUAUGAAUACUAAGUACGUAAGGGUAUUCUCCCCGACCCCACUUAUGGAAUUACAGGUAUUCUCCCCGACCCCACUUAUGGAAUUACACUGGUUAUGUUGUUUUCAUUAUUCA